AUGAAACGACAUGCUUUCGUGAAGAAGAGUAAAGUUCCUUCGUUAAAACACGAUGACCAUGGAUAUGUAUUUGGAGUUAACAGUUGGGUAAGUCAAAACAAAGGAAGUUUAAAGUGCCUUAAUAGAGUUUUUUGUGAUAAAGGCGGAACAAUGCUCAUUACAAGCAAGAUUUAAAUAACUCACUAAUCAGGAAAGUAUCUUCAAUGAUUUUCGCGGUAAACCUUUUCUGAUUUUACCACAAGCUAGCAAAGCGAAGGGUAUUUUUUCUUUUUUAAUGGCCUCCCUAAAACUGGUUCUAAACACUUUUCUUACUUAGAUUCUUCGUUAUUCAAUUUAUCAUUGUGACGAGGUGUUAUGUUUCUACUGAAUUAUUAAAAUGUUUUUGUGAAUUCUUUGCUGGGUGUAAACUAAAGUGCGAAGGUCACUCUUAUACUGCCUCAUCGAUUACAUCAGGAAAUUGUUAAAAAAAUUAAGGAAUUCACUAUCAUUUUGUUUUACCGUGAAACUACUGUUAACUUCAAUUAUUUUGAAAUUCUGCGUCAGAAUGUUAUGCUGUGUCAAAAUCUAAUUUUAUUAUGCGUAUUUUUAAGCGGCUUCUGAGAGUCUCCUUUUUUAUUUCGAUUUUCUACACCUGUUGGUAUUUGGUGUGAGUAUGAUUUUCUUUUAAGUUGCCAUAUCUUGAUGCCAAUAAAAUGAUAGCACAAUUGAAUUAUGGAAAUUUUGUUAGCUUAGUAAAGAGAGACCUUAUUGUCUGUUUUUGUAAGCACGUUUUGCAUUUACUAUUCACGUGAAGGAACACUGUUAAUUUCGAGUACUACGUUCUCUUCAUUUCCGGGCAGCAAAUUCCUGUCUUGAAUUAGUAUGCGCUUAAAUUUGUCUGGUUCAACAACUGAGAGGAACAUGAACUCUCUGAAUGUUUUGACGAGUUGCAGGUCAGCGAUCUAUUGUAGGCAACUGUUACCUUAAGGGACUCUUCGAAGCUCUUUGGAAAGUUUUUAAAUUGCACUGAAUGAAUUUUAAAAAAAAAGCGUUUGGGCUUUUUUUGUAUUUUUGUCUAUGCUCCCAGUUAGAAGAAUUUGAUAACUUGUAAAUUAGACAAAGUUUGUGCAAGGUGGUCUAGUGACGAUGACAAAUCGCUCCAUUUAUUGAAUAUCUAAGAUUCCAAACGUAAUUAUUUCUCUAUAAAUAUGCGGAACGGAAACAAAUUUCAGUCGCUAAUAAAAAAGGUUUAAUCGUAAAUGAAAAUUCAAUUUAGUUGUGUAAUGUAGGUAACUAUGAAUUGAAGUCAACCGAAAAUUAGUGUUCUAAAAAAACCCUUGUGCUUUUUCACAAUAUCAAUUAAUUAAAGAUAUAUGAACUGCACGCAAUGAUUUCUUGUCAAACUUUGAAAAUCUCAUUUGAGAAAUUAAAGAGGUUUAUCCGAUUCUGGAAGAUUCUUAACUUAGUUUUAAGGAUUCAUUAUUUCUUGCUGCAAACGCGUUGAAUGUUAUUCCAGUUAUGUUGUUUGUGGACUUAUUUUAGUCAGUGAUAUUGCACUGGUCUUAUUGUAAUGGUCAUUAAACCAAGUGCAAUAUCAGAAAUUUGGCGCCGUUUCAUUUUCACUGCUCAAUAUCGCCGAAGUUUUUCUGUCACAAAAGUUAGGACACUACCAGAAUACAGAAUGAGCUGGAUGUUGAUCAUUGAAAUAUUGCUUUUAUUUCUAUAUGCACGAGUCUAAAUUUCUCUCUUGCAGCAUGAAUCUUAUCGUGUAAAGAAACGAGAUAUCUUAAGUAUAUCAGAUUUAUUUCCUUUUGAUGGAAAUUUAUCCGAGGUAUGUCUAGUUAUGCGGUUUCUGGUGUGAACAGAAAGCAUGGGAAAUUAUGAAUGAGAAUCUUUUGUUUAUUGCACUACAGGUAAGAACUGGAAUUUUUAGGGUAUGGAAUUGCAGACAAACGUUUGAAUUUUUUGAAGUUUUAGAAACGUACUCGCCAAAUAAUUUUGCCUGCAUAUAAAUGGCUUUCCUCGAGAAGUCUAUUAAAUGGUAUUUAGUAGAUUAGUGAUGUUAAUUGAUUCAACACAGGCAAUUUGUAAACAGUUAUUGCUUUCAUUGUGUUAUAACUAUUAUACAUUCAGAAAUUCAAGUAUUUUGAACGUGAUGGAAAUUAUAAUGUUGUACUUUUAUCUCGUGAAAUUACGUUUGUGUUUUUCUGUGCGAUGUUUUGAUACACGAUCCUGAAAUGUUUACGUGUAAGCGAUACCAGCGGAAGGUAAAUCAUGCAGUAUUUCCUAUCUCCGGAAUAAUAACAUUGCAGAACCUCACCGCCAUGGUUUUGUUAUGACAUUGAUAACUGUAUUUAUGCAGUUUUCAGACAGGUCCUUAACAUCUUGGAGUGAACUUUAGAGUCUAGUUUUUUUGUACUGCAGGUGUAGGGAAAGAUCAAGGGAUUGAAUGUUAUUCGAAAGGUUAUUUCUGAUUGAAAGUUUAAAAUAUCUUUUGCGGUUAAGUGCUGGUUACUUUGCGUCGAUAAGAUUAGGGUUGCCACGUACGACAAGAAAUUCCCGCCACAGGAAGGAAAAGUUAUCGCAAAAUCCAAUAGGCUGUGAUAAAAUUAACCAACUGGGAGACUUAACUAUGAAAUAUAAACAGGUCUAGCUAUGCUUCUUAUUCCGUCGUCGCUUGUAUGUCAACAAAAGCGAAAAUUUAAUUAAAAUCUCCCGACUUAUCUCUUAGCUGUUUGGGUGGCAGGUAAUGAUGAUAAUGCAAUGUUAUAUUUAGCUAAUAAAUAUUCCAUUACUACUGUGAAAUUGCGUGUCAGUUUUCGUGACGUGAUAUCGCUUUAUACGCAAAUCUCAGCAAGUCAGUUCAGUGAUCGAUUGCAUCUCAGGCCUCAGUCUACUAAGGGCAACGUUAAAUCAACUUCGGUGGUAUUCUGAUCAAAUGAAAGUCCAGGUUUGUGUUGGUACACUCCUGAUAACUUAAUACGAAGUAGUUUUUAUCAAAAACAAAUCUUACUGCAUUACGAAAGGGUCAUCUUAGGGGUUUUGUUGUGAGAGAGAUUUAUUUACCACGGAAGUUGUGAAUUUUUGAUGCGUAGUUCGUGUAUUUCUUCAGUUUUGUGCGUGUUCGGGUCUAUCGGACACGAAAUUCGAUGAAUGUCGCUUUUAGAAGAUCAGAAUGAAGGAAAUGUAUUUAUACAAGACACUCAGAUGGGAAAGUGGCUGUAACUCGUGUAUAUCUGUAAGAGCUUCGCUUUCCAGAUUACUCAUUUAAACUCAUCUUUGGAGAAAUUUGACGAACUGCAACUUAGUAACCAUUACUUUAAUCUGCUUGAUUUUAAUUUAACUUUGAUUCCGUUGUAACAAGCAGCGUCUUCUGAGGUCAUAUUUUAAAUCUGAGACAAUACCUCUGUAACACCCAUUGUGUCUAACUCGUUGUUGUCAUUUCCAGGCCUAUUACCGUCAAGGAGUGGCGCUGCAGUGCCUGGGUCGGCAUGCGGAUGCACUGGGAGCCUUUGCGUCUGCGCUUGCGCAGGAUGACAAAAGCCCUCAACUGCUGAACUCUCUGACUGAAGCCGCGAUGAAGUCCCCACUGAGAGGUAAAUAUCGCAGAGUUCAUAAGAGUAUCUAAUUAUAUGAAAAUGGGCCCCGGGGAGCGAAAAAAGGGACAAUUAACAAGUGUUUUAUGAAAAUGUGUUCGUUGCGAGGUCCGUAGCUUAGCACUUUCAUAAAUUUGCUUCAUUCUAAUCGCUUGCAUAUUGCGAUAAACCAGGAAAGAUGUAAAGGCUACAUUUAACACCUUAGACAUUCUUUACUCGAAUGCAUUAGCUUUACGUUGCCCUUAUACGCUAAGAUCCGUCUUCUCUUUUGAGAUUCCCAUCCAUUUGUAUACGAUAUUGCCUGAACCUCGAAAAAGAGCCCAUCUCAGGGCGGAUCAUUCCCGUGUAGUGCACCAUAGGAAGUAUUCCUAGGGCCCCGAUGGAACAAGCCUGGUGAUGGCAAGGUUCCUUGCCUGACAGACUAUAUUCGAUAGCUCGGCUUAAACUCAGCCUAUUGAAAUGUAUGGAACAGGACAUCCUUGUCAAGAAAUUACCGCACUAACGCGAACACAAUCCAGAAACCAAAACCACAAAUAUCUGCCUGGAGAGUAGAUUACUAUAUCCUCACGUAACUGAAAUUAACACCGAGCAGAUCUACGGAGAUAAAAAUAUUUUAAUCCUUAGGUAUUCCGUGGAAAAAGAUUGCAAUAAUACGAUUAAUUCUAAUGCUGGAGAGGACAACACAACACUAAAAAUUACAAGAACAUCAGGCGGUUGUUUUUAAAAUCUUAGAAGAAUUCUCAUGACAGACUAGGCUGGGUGUUUCCUCGAAAAUCGUGAUAACAAACGCACUUUCCAGUCUUGUGUCACAUCUCUUGAUCGUUUGUCUGACCUAGAGAUGGUUCUUUAUCCGUUUCUUUAAUCCUCUUAUAACGGUAAGUGCGCCAACUGGAAGAGUCAGUGGAACACCUUGAAAGAGGAUAGGAUUUCAUGUUGACAAUUCUAGUCUUGCGCCGUUAGGGUUAUUCUGGGGCACGCUGGUAAAGAAGUCUUGUAGUAAAAAACCCUUUUUUCUGUAAAAUUAUAGAAUAGCUCUGGCGCUAAGUUGUGAAAGGUUCCCUUGUAUGCCGCUCUGAUUGAAUAUGUAUGUAAAGAGCCAUCUUGCGAGAAUGUCAAACGAUAACCAAUCAAUCGUUGAGAGGACAUGGACGAUCGUAAAACCGAAAGCGAAAAUUCCGUUUAUCGUGUAAAAAUUCAAUCUCUUUGGAAUCUUUGUCUCGUCGAAUAAAAAAGGGGUAGAAGUGUUCUAAGCCGGCAGAAAGUGUCCGUUGUUUUCUUCCAAAUCUAAUUCGUCGAAAUUCCCUGAGAUUGGUUCUUGAUUUGUUUGACUUGGGUUCUCUCUCUAAAUUUGUAUGAUCAAAUUUUUUAUCCGAAGUAUUCUUUCGGCACAACAAACAACUGCGGGACUUCAUAUCAGAGGAGCACAUAUAAUAGAUUGCGUGGUUUUUGAUAUGUGCUCUCAGAGGUACUUAAAAAAAAAAACCUUCUAGCUUAAUAUGCCGAGAUAUACAUUACAUCAUCCGUCAAUACUUAGACCUCAUUGAGAAGAACAAACACCACCUGCAAAAAGGGCCCAAAAAUACUGCGUAUCUUUGGUGCGUUGCGUUUGUGUACAUCCGUAGGAAAACAACAUGCGAUUCUCUAAUGAUAUUCGGUGUAAUCUAGCAAAAGGUUGUUGUCUAAUACAGUAAGACGCUCAAAAAAUUAAGUUGACAAUAUUUUCCCAAGACACACUAUCUUAAUCCUUGAAAUAUUUCCCUAUCGGUUUCAUUACCUUGCCCUUUGUUUCUUUAAAAACAAGUACAAGUAUCGAACUUUCGGCCCCGACAUCACUAAUUUGUUUUUAAAGGGAUCUGUGUUCGUCUCAGCCAAAGCGGAGGUAAAUAUUGUCACCCAAGUUGUUGUUUUUGCCUCCUUUUAAUCUGAUAAGACUAAAACUUUUAUCAUUUGAAAACACAUGCGAUUUUUGUACUAAAAGGCCGAUGAAAACGUUGCCAGUCGUAUGGGAUGCUUUUUUCGUCACCUUUUUCACCUGUCCGCACUAGAAAUGGCUUGUCCAAAACGAUGUUUACAAAAUGCUUCACCUUUGAAACAGUCACCGUUUUUAUCCGUGUGUUUUAAGUGAAAAGGUAGAAUUAUGCGUUAAGCGUUCUUAAAUGGAAACCCAUUUUUAAUGAGGAAGGCCUUAGCUAAAGAUGCAUGACACAAGCCUGCACUAUUUUGAAGACUGUGUACUCAUGCAAGACUUGUUUUAGUGACCUCUAAUAAAUUACUGUCGGAAUUCGCGGUUGAUUUGGCUGUGAAGCCAACAUUCGCCACAUCUGGUUAAGUCGUAAACAUUCACCUAAUAAUAAAAACCGCAAUGAAUGUGCGAACGUAUUGAAAAGACAAUUCUCAUGCACUCAUCGCCUUACUCGGUCUUGACCCUGCUAGAAGCUAGCUCAGAGAAGUAGUUCUCCCAAAGUACCGCCGUAAUUUUGUUGUAAUUUAGAGUAGAGAAUUUAGUGAACUAUAUCUUUGCGUGUUUUUGUUUUUCUCUCUUCACAGCUACCCUCGAGCCAAUCUACAGCCAGCUGAAAGGCAUGAAACUUGACAAGAGCGCCUUUGUAAUGAUAUCAGUUAUCGGACAAGAACUUCUUUCUGCCGGACAUGUAACAGCAGCCAUAGAUUGCCUCGAGGCUGCUUUGAAAGUUGGAACUUGCGGUUUACGUCUCCGGGGCUCUGUCAUCUCGGCUUUAAGUACAGCUUAUUGGAAACUUGGAAAUCUAAAGAAGGCCAUGGAAUACAUGAGACAAGAUCUAGAGACGUCACAGUCUUUGAACGACAAAGGUGGAGAAUGCAGAGCUUAUGGUAAUCUUGGAGGAGCAUAUUACUCACAACGAAUGUUCAAGGAAGCUGUGGAGCAUCAGAGAAGUCAGCUGGAUAUUGCUUUGACAAUUAAAGAUCGUAAAACCGCCGCGAGUGCCUUGAGUUCUUUAGGGCAUACACAUGUUUCGAUGACUGAUUACACAAGUGCUAUCUCAAGUCAUAAACAAUCAAUGCAGAUCUAUAAGGAGUUGAAAGACAGACAAGGCGAAGCGAGAGAACUAGGAAACAUUGGCGCUGUGCAUGUCUUGUUAUCGGAUUAUGACAACGCAAUAAAAUAUCAUCAAGAACAUUUGAAAAUUGCGGUUGAGCUGGGAGACAAGGCAGAAGAAGGCCGGGCGUACAGCAACUUAGGAAGUGCUUUCCAUUACAAGAGAGACUUCGACAAAGCAAUCCAGUUUCACAAGCAGGUCUUGGACGUGGCGAAGAAGACCAAAGAUUCUUUUAUGGAAGCGAGGGCGUAUGCUGGCCUAGGACAUGCUCUGAGAUGCAAAGGUGACUUAGAUCAGGCAGUGUCUUUUCACGAAUAUCAACUUGCUUUGGCGAUCAAACUCAAAGAUCGAGCGACCGAGGGGAGAGCGCUUUCCAACCUGGGGGUUAUUUUCCAGCAGAGGGGGCUUUAUGGACAAGCCCUAAAACUUCACAAAAAACACUUGGCUAUUUGUAAAGAGUUGGAGGACCGAGCGGGACAGGGGCGAGCCUACGGGAAUAUGGGCUGCGCUUACAGCGCUUGUGCGCGGUAUGAACAAGCUAUUAAGUUCCAUAAGCAAGAACUGAUGAUUUCCAAAGAAGUGAACGAUCGGUCGUCAGAAGCCUGCACGCAUGGAAAUCUUGCAGUGGCUUAUCAAGCGAUUGGAAGUCUCGACAAGUCAUUGAAACAUUAUCAACAACACUUAGUUAUUUCACAAGAAAUCGGCGAUCAGUCAAAUGAAGCCAUCGCUUUGAGCAAUUUGGGGAAUUACUACAGUUCUUGCGGAAAUUUCACUAAAGCUAUUCCUUUCUACGAAAACUUUUUGUCCGUCGCGAGACAUAUGCGGGAUCGUGUGAGCGAGUGCAAAGCUUGUCACAAUCUGGGAUUUGCGCAUUACUCGUUAGGCGGUCACCUAGAUGCCGUACCUUAUUACGAGAGAAACAUUGAAAUAGCUAAAGAUCUGGAAGACAGGACAAGCUUAGGACGAGCAUAUUGUAAUCUAGGACUGGCUUACAGUGCAAUCGGCAAACAAGAGAAAGCGUUGGAGUGUCAGAAAGAAUUCCUAACUGUUUCACAGGAGGCCAUGCAAGUCCAAGGCGAAUUUAAAGCUUGCGGAAACAUUGGUGAUAUUUAUGUGACACUGGGUAACACAAAUCAGGGAAUACGAUUUUUCCAGGAACAACUACAAGUCGCAAAGAAGGCGCAGGAUGCUGCUCUGGAGAGCGAAGCGCACGGAGCCUUGGGUAGCGCUUUUCGGACUGCGCGUGAUUUUGAUAGGGCGUUGGUUUGCUUUCAAAAAGAGUUAGAACUGAGAAGAACAGCGCAUGAUUCUGUUGGUAUUUGCAAAGCGUUAAGCAAUCUCGGCUCAGUUCACAGCAGCUUACAACAGUAUAACGAUGCUUUCGUGUCCUAUUCUGAAGAGCUUUCCAUCGCAAAUGAACUUGAUGACUGUAUUCUCCAAGCAGAAGCUUGUGGUAACCUGGGAAUCACAAAAAUGAACACUAAAGAUUAUCAAGAGGCGCUGGGAUUUUUUGAACAGCAGAUCGCCACGUUGGAACAGGUUACAGGUGCCUUGCUUGAAAGUGGCCGUGCAUAUGGGAAUCUGGGUGAGUGUUACCACGUGCUGGGUGACCAUGAAGAAGCCGUAAAAUUUUACGAUAAAUAUCUUGCCGCUGGGCAACAAAUGGAGAGUGCUGCUGACCAGGACAAGGCCUACCGCGGACUAGGGAACGCGCACAGGACAAUGGGAAAUCUGCAACAAGCUCUUGUGUGCUUCGAGAAGAGAUUAGUGGUGGCUCAUGAGUUGACUGAUUUCCAUUCCAAAGGGGCAGCUUACUGCGAGUUGGGAAAUAUGCACAAGAUUCUUGGAAACUACGAGCAAGCCCUUGCGUGUUUCGAGCAACAGUUGUCCUUGGCGAGGGAGUGUAAUGAUGCCAUUAAUGAAGGAGACGCCCUCUGUGGACUGGGGCUGGUGAACCAGAAGAUGGGGGAAUACGAAAAGGCGUUGAAACUACACGAACAAGAAACGACAGUCGCCGAAAAACAAAAGGACCUCGGCCGCCGCGGUCGGGCGUCGUUUCAUCUCGGCAUGACGCACGAAAUUCUCGGAAAUUACGAACAAGCGGCAAUCUACCAAGGCCAACAUCUAAACAUCGCCUCGCAAAUGAACGACCAAGCAGCGAAAGCGCAGGCAUACAGUUCACUAGGAAGAACCCAUCAUGCCUUGGCAAAUUAUUCCCAGGCUAUCUCAUAUCUCAACAAAGGCCUUACGAUCGUAGAGGCUCUAGGGAGGAGUGAAGACGAGGCGCGAAUACGUCAUCGAUUAGGUUUGUCAUAUUUGGCAGCCAAUCAGCUGGAUGCAUCGCAGCUGCAUCUUUUCCGCGCGGCGGAGUUAUUGGAGAAAUUGCGCGAAGAAGGUAUUAGUAGUGGCGAGUAUAAAUUGUCUUUGUAUGAACUUCAAGCUGCGACUUACCAAGUUUUACAGCGAGUUUUAGUUACUAUGGGCAACCAUGAGGAGGCGUUGGCGGUCGCCGAGCGAAGUCGGACCCGAGAUUUUAUCGAUUUGCUUCAAGAACGACAAGGAAGUAAUCGAUCAGAGAACGGAAUUUCGAAGUAUUUGGAGAAUCCGUUGACGACACCUGAACAAAUCACAGACUUGGUACGCAGUCAAAAGGCAAGUGUCUUGUACUAUUCCAUAGCCGCAGGACACUUGUACAGCUGGCUCAUCACUCCGAAUAAAGGAAUUGUGAAGUUUCACGACUCUCUUCUCUCGGAUGGAGACCAUGACAAUGAAGUGUUAGUUGACUUAGAUCAAAGUAGCAGCGCAGCCUACUCGCACACCUCUACUCUGUUAGAUUCGUACAUCACGCAGGUACGCGAUGCUCUCGGAGUUGAACCGCAUUUAAAUUUGAAUCGCACGACUAGCAUGUCCGAGAGUGAAGUUGAAGACACCUGGGAAAGAGACAGUGUGUUCAGCGCGAGCCCACUGUCAUACAUGUCAGGGGAUGAUGAUGAUACCAUAAGUGUGUCGUCAUUGUCAUUUGGCGGUCACAGUUUCCAGUCAAACCAGAGGAGCAGCUUCUUGUCAGCGAGGAACGUCCGAAAAUUAAAUGGGGUAAGAAGUAGCAACAAGAAGCUCGGCUGGUCGGGAAAGCCACCGCUUCGUGCUUUGUACGAGCUCUUGAUUUCUCCCAUGGAAGACGCUUUACCUGCUUCUUCGUCCUUCGAAAGCGAAGAUUCCGCACUUGCGUUGGUUCUCCAAGGUGAUCUGUACCUGGUGCCGUUUCCUGUCUUAAAAGGGAGCCUUUCUAAAGAUUAUCUUUUCCGUCGCUUUAGGCUUAUCGUUGUUCCUUCAUUGCAAGCUCUCGCCUCGAACAUCAAAACUCUCAUGUUGAGGAAAAGUGGACUCGAUACAUCUUCGGUAACGAUCAUCGGAAACCCGAAGGUCCCGACGACGUUCGGACAAUGGGAAUCGAACCCGAGCGCUGAGCACGAAGCUAAGAUCGUGGCGGAACUCUUCAACACGAAACCGCUACUCGGCAGUGUUGCGACUAAGAGCGAAGUCGUCCGAAAGUUGCCGAAAGCGGAGUGCAUUCAUUUUGCUACUCAUGUGUCUUGGAAACUAUCAUCUCUUAUUCUUUCGCCGCAGAAUUCCGAUGACAAAUCGAUCACGCCCGCAGGAUCACCCGAAAGAGCGAGUCUGGACUUUCUUGGUGACAUGAGUCCUGACGAAGCACCGGCUUUGUCUGAAUUCCUUCUCACAGCAGCCGAUAUCUUAGACCAGAAAUUAUCAGCAAAACUCGUUGUUAUUGGCGCUGCGCACAACCACUCGUCGCGCAAUCGGAUUACAUCGGAUGGUGUGAUCGGAUUGACGAGAUCAUUCCUGUCGGCUGGAGCACAGAGUUUGUUGGUUGCCCUGUGGCCUGUCCCAGACCUGGCGUGCAAGUUGCUUCUGAAAGCGUUCUACGGCGGACUCCUUCAAGGAAUGAUGGCGAGCCAAUCUCUGUGUCAGGCCAUGCAGGUAGUUCAGGGAACAAAGCAGUUUUCACAUCCGUCAAACUGGGCUGGAUUUAUCCUUGUUGGUGGAGACACAGCUCUGACGAAUAAAGAAGCUCUGAUGAGUAGUGCCAUUUCCAAACUGUUAGACAACCCUGUGAACUGCAGAGAUGCACUGAAAGUUCUUGUUCAUCUGGUACGUGAAACUCUGUCAACUCUUUCAAUUAAAGUAACCCAUCGCCUCUCUUAAAGAUUUUGUGCAGACGAACCGGGGACCUUAAUGAUCAAUAGCUUAGUUUUGUCUGUGCAUAGGUGACCUUAAAUCUCUGUUUCCAUAGCAUGAAGCGACUAAGAGUAUCACUACUCCCCCCUGGAUGGAAUGGUAGUCCAUCGUAAGGUUACCCGCCCCCACCUUUCCCGCCUCCCCACCACCCUCCCCCACCUUUUCCCCUCUUCACCACCCUUCCCCCCCACCUUUUCCCCUCCCCCCACCCUCUUCCCCCCACCUUUCCCCCCCCUUCGUGUUUCCAGUUAAGUUAACUCCCUCGUUCAUUCGCUCUUCGCCUUCAGGUGGACAAGGCGCAACAGCGGAUUCGUUCAGGUCAGCGGUCGUCCAUGUACACAGCGGACGCAAGCAUCAAUGCCAAAGUCAAGGGAGCCAGCGGUUGGCGAGAAUUGCUCAAGCUUCUUGGCUUCCGGUUUCAGAAGGCUGCUAACGGACUUCCGGACUCCGUCUUCUUUCCAACAGUAUCCAGUGGUGUGGCAGACAAGCUGGCUGAUGCAAGUAACCAUUUACACGCUUUGCUGGGUGAGUAAACACUCGGUGUAAAGAAAGGAUUAUUUUAAAAAUAGUUUGUAAUGAAAGUUCCUUUUUUCUCUCUUUCUUUGUCACAAUAAAGGAGACAGAUCUUUCUUGAACCUUUUUUUUUUCUUUUGGGGGGAGGGGAGGCGGCGGUCGGGAACCCUUCACGCUCACGGGGCCUCUAUCCCCUAGGGGUCCAAACGAGUACCAGGUACCUGUCAAGUGCUGGUUAUACCUGCAGAGAACUGGCCUCUCUUUCAGAGUUGAGAAUGAUACUUCUGGGUUUGUUUCUACAACAGAGGUCCUAUUCAACGACCCGAGCAGCAGUAGAACGUGCACUUUUGAGGCUUAUGAACUUUCACACAACGCUUUUUGACCCUCUCCUUCGAAAGGGCGACAAAAAAAUUAAAAAACGUCAAUUUUUUCCUUCAGGUCUGAGUCCCACCACUUUGCAGGCGCUGGCCAAACUCGUGAAUGCACGCACAGUGAACACAGCUUUAGUGGCUCUGGUAAGUCAAAAAUGGUUUUGUAUCAAUCAAUGUGCGUAGUAUAGCAUCCUGUGUUGAAACACCAAGCUGCGUGGAUGUUCUCAUCUCUUAGACAAUUAGCUGAAAAAAGGCAAACUGAAAAGUGCUCUCACUUCAAAAAGAAAUCUACUGAAAUGGAAUUUUCUUCAUUUCUGCGUAUUCGUGAUGAGAAAUUUCAGUUUGUCUCCAGCGACAACUUUGAUAACUGUUGUAGAUCUUGUCGUCAGUGUUAGAUAAUGUUCAGUUGGUAUUGCGUCUUAACUGCAAACUUCUGUUGGUACAGAUAUUUUAUGAAAAUAAAGGUGGCUAUGUUAUACGUACAUGCUACUUGAGGCUGCUAUUUUUUCUACCCAAACGUUGAGCUUGUUUCUUCUCUCUUUGCGUCACAGUUCAGUCAGGUUUUGUCAUGUUUCGCCCAAGGAAUGAACAACGUACAGGUGCCUUUAAAUCUCAAGUUAUGGCGCACUUCCGGCUGUCACGAGCUGCUGGCUUCUCUCGGUUUUGAUCUGAUUGGCGUGGGCAAAGAUGAAGUGAUGCUUCGAUCCGGCAAAGCGAAUAGCAGACGUGCGGUACAGUGUACUGUGCAGGCCUUGUGUGCUCUCACAGGUAAACAUACAAAUUACAGUUGUUUUGGAAACGUGUUCGGUUGCUUCCCUAACAAAGAAAGCUUCGUUUCACAGCUUCAUUUCAAAGUUCGGCAUGUUUGCGAACGGCUUGCGUCUCAAGAGAACCAUACGGCACGUAUACGAAAACAGCGUUUUUAAGUGCCCUACGUUUGUUGCCCUUGGAUGCACCGUCAGUAGACUUGAGAGAAAGGUGGGACUUGAUAUGAAUACAACCUUAUUUUCUUAUUUUUUCAGAUUCAGAAAAUCCUGCAGAGAAGGAAGAUCCUACCUUUAAACUCUCCAAGGUCCAUUCCGCUUCAACUGUCAUCUCCAACUUAUCUCUCAAAUCAGCUUCUAUCGACUCGGAUCUUGACACUAAGUCUAAAGAUGUGGACCACAGUUCCAACGAUGUUAGCAAUUCAAGGGGCAUUAGUAAGGGUUCCAAAACCAGCAUCACCUCCAGGCCAGUGAAAACUGAGGCCCAUCCUUCAAACGAGUCGAUUAACUCGGCAGCAGUUGCAGAAGCCGAAAGAAGAAGCUUUCGAGCUCUUUCCAAAUCACAGCCUCUGCUUGUAAAUAGGAAUCAUCCAAACGCCGUAAACUCCUAUUCAGGUUUCAACGGACACGUGCGCAGUGCCAAUAAGCAACAUACAACUUCAUCCGUCGUAGAUCACUCGCGAAAUUCUUCAGUCGCCGACCCAUCCGACUCAGACGUCGAUAGUUAUUCGGACAUUGUCGGUCAGCGCGCGCCAUUAAAUCGGCAUACAGUCGAUCUUACGGGGGAUAGCUCAGUUUCAAAUGGUGUCUCGCCCACAUGGGUAACUAAUUCCAAUCAAAAAGGGAAUGUAGUUACAUUUCCAGUACAACAACGUCGGGCUAAGGAAAACCCAGCAAGGAGUGAAAAACAGGUUUUGACGAGUACACCGAAACAAAGUCACGAGCCGGGUACGAAUGGUACCAGACAACCCAUAUCCGGGUAUCUACCUAAUGCUUCUGAUAUCAAUGGGAGGAGGGUACGCCGAGGAGGGUCUCUGAAUGAUGAAGGUUACCCCCGAGGAAGGCCUCAGGGAAGGAGUGUGAGCGAGAGCCAGGAACCUGUAUCUAAAAACGGACCUUUUAGCCGACCUAAGUCAAUACCUAGGCAGGGAGAGAAUGGAUCGAGCGAUGAGGAGGAAACUACGCAUACUCGUGACAGACGUUGGGCGAAGAGUAGUACAGACUUAAGAACUCAUCGUGUGGUAUCUGCCAUUGAUAUUAGUGGAAAUGGUAAAGUUAAUCGAACUGGGCGUUUGAGGGUUUCUAGUGUGGAUUUACCAGUCAGAGAUGGAGCUCUGAGGUCCUCAAGUCAAAGAACUGCACCAUUAAGAAAUGGUGAGUUUAAAACGAAUCACGCUGAUCAGCUUGCAGCCGAAAUGCAACAGGGACGAAAAGAAUCCCUAGAGGGGAGGAGACAGUCGCUGCAGAAGUUUCACGAUGAUUCUCAGUCUUCUCAAGAUAGUACUGACUACGAGUCUCGUCAGACUAAAGCAGAGUGGGCAGCGGCUGCCCUAAUGAAUAAUCACAUGACACGUGAGCCGACCCAACCGCUGGCCAACAAAAAAACAUCCCCGCAGUCACUUGAGAUGAAAGACAUCGGAGCGGAAAAGAGGAGACUGAGGCGAGAGCAUUUGGCAAACUUGGCUCAUCUCCACUCCUCCUCCUGCUAGCACUGGCUGGUAAGAAUUUGCAUGUUAUACAAUUAUAUUCCCAUUAUAUUAAGACCUGUUCCUCAUCGUAUUGUUUCACGAAGAGGGAGGGGAAUGAAAGUGAGAGUGAUCUUCGUAGUAAUGAAUAUUACUAAAGCAGUAGAGAAAACUAAGCUUGGAAAAAAUUCAGUCUCGUACGAGAGUUGUACCUAUGACCUGGGAGAUACUGGUGCAGCGCUCUACCAACUGAGCUAAAAAGCCAUAUGGGAGCUGGUUAUUUUGUUGGAGGGAAAUCUGAGGGGCGAAGAGCCAAUUUCGGUGGUACAAUUUGAAGUAUUUUACCAGCCUCUAAUACAAAAUUAUGUCGAAUGAAUCAUCCACACAAAAUUGAAAAGUGUUGGAGUACCCCUCCGACAUGUUAUGCGACAAUGUUGGUAACGCAGGCAUCGCAUCCAACAAACCUAGCAUGCCAAAAAGAUUGCAUAGACUGAAUCCUUCCUAACAUUAAAUUGGGUAGGCGAACUGUGGAGAUAUAACAUGUAAAAAAGUUGACAUUACACGAACCAUAAAUUGAUCUGUGGCUUUUUUCUUUUUUAUUUUCAGACACGGUGGAACUCGUAUUACCGGGGUUGAUGUGAACUAGCAGAGUAUAUUUUUUAACAGUUUCUUAUCUUAAACAAGAAAGUGUUCCCUAAUAAUCUGAACCAAAUUGGUUCUCUACGUCGAAAAGCAAUUUGGAGCUGUCGAGUAUUGCACUGGUUCUCAGUGAUUUAUUUUGAAAAUCGUAUUUUGAAAUCUGUUCAAAAUUUUCAAGCCCCGUCACCAAGAGGUAGCGUUGAAUAUCAGUUUACUGCUAGAUGUAAAAAGACAUUUUCUAUUGUUUACGUCUAAAUUUAUGAAAACACCAACAGCCAAUUUCGAUGUAAGUUUUACUUACUAUAAUUAACUUUUCCUCAGACGAGUCUAUCACAAUAGUGUGUUAUAAUUUAGGAAAAAUGGAGAAUUCUAAAGGAGACGACUCUUUCGCUCGACCGAACGUGUUAUGCAACUUUGAGAGAAUAAUUAAGGUAAACACCCCUCUCGCUUCCUUCAGGCUACCUUAGUAUUUAAUUUUGUCCCCAGGUCUUAACUUAUCCCACAAUUUUUUGACCGUUUAGUCUGGGAACGAAGACACUCUUGCGCAAAGUCUUCUUGUGCAUUGACUUUUAGAGGUAACGACAAAGUAUUUCAGCCGUUCUGGUGCUAACCAUCGUUAGACAUAUCCAACAGUUAACCCCUCAGAAUAUUUUUGCUGAAACUGAAAUGUAGCAAGUCUUGAUCUUGUGCCAAAAAUAGUAAGAACAUCGUGACGCCGUUGGUGUGUACUAUUUUCGGUCACGCAACAUUGUGUGACUCAGGCAUUCUCACGUCAACUUGCUUCCUUUUAGUUUAUUACCUUCCCUUAUGCUAUUGUAGAAUUAUGACAAGCCCUAGAUAAAUAUUAUCAAGUGGUUCAUGACGGUCAAUUUUCUCCCUUUCAAUUACGGGUCCUACCACCUUUUUAUUUAUGUGCGUUGAAUCUUUAGGUCAAACUAGAAUUCAAGAUGCGUGCCAUUUUCGAAAUUCUCAGUGUAUUAUAUGUACCUCAGUCAAUUUGUAGAGAUCACAGUGGUGUAUUUUCGAGUUGCUAUUUAUGAAAUUUGGAGCGAAAUCGUGUACAUAUAAUUUUGUAAUUUCAGAUUAAUAAACAGGAGGUUUAUAAUAUAUAUAUAUAUUUCAUAGCCACGUUACGUUGUACAUAUUUCACCUCCUUGCAAAUAUUUUUUAGUACAAUCAAUAAAGUUUAAGGUUUUCCAG